AUGCCCGGUCUCGACCUUGAGCAUGAGCCCCUCGCGGCCGACGACGUGAGAAUCCUGGGACAGGACCCUCUGAUCCCUCCCGCCCUCCUCAGCUCCGAGAUCCCCAUGACGGAUGCCGCCCUCCAGACAGUCGUCAAGGGCCGCAACGAGGCCGUCGACAUCAUCAUGGGCCGCGAUGACCGCCUGCUCGUCAUCAUCGGCCCCUGCUCGCUCCACGACCCCGCGACCGCCCUUGAGUACUGCGAGCGUCUCAAGGCCCUCGCUGCCCGCCUCUCGGGCGACCUCUGCGUCAUCAUGCGCGCCUACCUCGAGAAGCCCCGCACCACCGUCGGCUGGAAGGGCCUCAUCAACGACCCGGACAUCGACUCCACCUUCAAGAUCAACAAGGGCCUCCGCAUCUCCCGCCAGCUCUUCCGCGACCUGACCGCCGCCGGCAUGCCCAUCGCCAGCGAGAUGCUCGACACCAUCUCCCCGCAGUUCCUUGCCGACUUCAUCUCCGUCGGCGCCAUCGGCGCCCGCACCACCGAGUCCCAGCUCCACCGCGAGCUCGCCUCCGGCCUGUCCUUCCCCGUCGGCUUCAAAAACGGCACCGACGGCAACCUCGGCGUCGCCAUCGACGCCAUCGGCGCCGCCGCCGCCAAGCAUCACUUCAUGGGUGUCACUAAGCAGGGCCUUGCCGCCAUCACCCGCACAAAGGGCAACGAGCACGGCUUUGUCAUCCUCCGCGGUGGUUCAUACGGCCCCAACUAUGACAAGGAGAACGUUCAAAAGGCCAAGGACACGCUCAACAAGAAGGGCCAGAAGCAGGCUAUCAUGAUCGACUGCUCCCACGGCAACUCCAACAAGGACCACCGCAACCAGCCCAAGGUCGCCGCCGUCAUCGGCGACCAGCUGCGCGAAGGCGAGACCUCCAUCAUCGGCGUCAUGAUCGAGUCCAACAUCAACGAGGGCAACCAGAAGGUCCCCGCUGAGGGCCCCGCCGCCCUGAAGAAGGGCGUCAGCAUCACCGAUGCCUGCAUCAACUGGGAGUCCACCGUCGGCGUGCUCGAGGACCUCGCCGCCGCCGUCCGCGCCCGCCGUGAGCGCAACGUCGGCUCCUCCAAAAACAACGAGGACUCCCACAAGGUCACCCACCUCGAGGAGGAGUAA